GCGGAGGAAGAAGUAACCCGGACGCAAAAGGGAGUUCGGUAGGAGUGAUCUGGACGCAAGAAGAACUUCAUGGUAGACCGAGACUUCCCAUCGAGAUCAAAGUUACCCCCUCGGCCAUCGGCCCUCACUAGUACAUCUGUUCCUCCCUCGUACGCGGAACACGCCUCCGGUACCAAACCACGCCACCUGGAAGGAGUUCUUCCUCCUUCGUUCUGAUUGUGCUGGUGUGGCGUGGAUAUCCACCCGGAGCUGGAUCGAGUCCUUUUGCUGAACUAGUGUGCUAGCUACCGAAGCGGUCAUGGAAGUGGUUUCCUCCAGCCACACCUGCUUGGCAUUUCAUCAAACAUCUAGCAGUGCUCGGAGGUUUCUCGGCACCGGCCUUGCUACGCGUCAGACCAAGCUUGCUCGGCCAAGAAAAAGUGCAAUUCUGUGUGUUGGGACAGGGAGAGCUUCAAAUCCAGGUGAUUCAGGAAAGCUUGAUGUCAGCCAUAGCUUCCAUGUAAGUGACGUCAAUUCGGCUCUCCGAGGCAUCCCCCAGAAGGUUGGUGAGGUCAGGAGAGUGGUGAUUCCGGGUCUGCCGGAAGGGCCAGACAGUUCUCAAAUCAGUACCGGUUUGUGGGAGUGGAAGCCCAAGCUGACGGUAUACUACGAGAAGUCUGGCACCAAGAAUAGCAAGGCGCCGGCAGUGCUUUUUCUACCAGGCUUUGGGGUGGGCACAUUCCAUUAUGAGAAGCAACUGAUGGAUCUUGGUCGUGAUUACAAGGUGUGGACGAUGGAUUUUCUAGGGCAGGGAAUGUCAUUGCCAUGUGAAGAUCCCGCUCCUAAGGAUCAAGGGGAGCAGGAGGAGGGGUCAUAUUGGGGUUUUGGACAAGAUUCACAGCCAUGGGCAGAUGAAUUGGUGUACUCUGUAGACUUGUGGCAUAAUCAGGUCCAGCAUUUUAUUGAAGAGGUUAUCGGUGAACCCGUUUAUAUUGUAGGAAACUCUCUUGGUGGUUUUGUUGCUCUAUAUCUUGCGGCAUCCAGUCCACACCUUGUAAAGGGGGUCACAUUGCUUAAUGCAACACCAUUUUGGGGUUUCCUUCCUAACCCUUCAAGAUCUCCUCAUUUGUCAAAGAUUUUUCCGUGGGCUGGGACAUUUCCUCUUCCAUCAUCUGUGAGGAAACUUACUGAAACAGUGUGGCAGAAGAUAAGUGACCCAAGAAGUAUACAGAAGAUACUCAGGCAAGUAUAUGCUGACCACUCAACAAAUGUUGAUAAGGUGUUCUCGCGUAUUAUAGAGACAACGGAGCACCCAGCAGCUGCUGCAUCAUUUGCCUCCAUUAUGUUUGCUCCAAUGGGCCAGAUAUCCUUCCAGGAGGCACUUUCUAGGUGCCGAAGUCAGGGUAUUCCGAUUUCUCUUAUGUAUGGGAAAGAAGAUCCUUGGGUUGGACCUUUUUGGGGUACUAGAGUCAAGCAGCAGGUGCCAGAAGCACCAUAUUAUCAAAUCAGCCCUGCCGGUCACUGUCCUCACGAUGAGGUUCCUGAGGUUAUAAACUAUUUACUCCGAGGAUGGCUUAAGAACGUGGAGUCUGAGGGUUUGAUUGACAUCCCAUUCCUUGAUGAUCCGAGCUAUGAAGAACAUGGUGUAUCCCGGGAGCUGGAAUUUGUAAGAAUGGGGUCCAUGAAAUCAGUUAGUGUACGACUCUUUGGUUCCAGAAAUUCCUUGUGGAGCCAGAUAAGCUCAUUCUUGAGACGGCAUGCCUCCAACAUACGGGUAGUGUCUUAGGCAAUUCAUCCCUAGUUUGUUAGAAUUUAGAAGCUUCAAAUGUAUAUUGUAUUCAUUAUUCUUUAUGUAGAGUAGUCAUGUUGAUGCCUAGAUGUACCAAUUAGAUAGAAUUUUAAUCAUUUCUAGUGAAUGUGAAUAUGUGUAGUACAGGGCAGGAAUAUCUGCGGUGGUUGUAUUAAAAGGAAUUAAGAUACUUCCUUUACUGGGAAUACUUGUCAAGUUUGACAGGCCUUCUUGAUGUGAUGAUCAAAUUUGGACCCGACCUACCAUGGUACUGUGGUACAUAUAUACGUAAUGAAUGUUUCAAAUAAAUUAUUCGAUUUUUC